UUCUCGUCAAAUUAAUUACCAAAAUAAGAUUAGGGUUAGGAGAUAGUUAAGAGCUACGAAUACGGAAUAAUAAAAUUAUUCGUAGGUUAGGACUUAACUGGUCGAGAACUACUAGUUUUGUUUCAGCUUGGUUUCAGAUCCAUAAAAUGCUUGUUUCAACUUUUUUGUACUAGUAUAAUAUAUCAACGAUUUAUUAUUGAAUAGUGAAGACUACAAAUUGCAAUUUUUUUAUAAUGGUAUUGCUUAGAAGCAAACAGUUGUAUUUAAUUUUCAACUUCAAACAAUGUUCACAAAGUAUAUGCAGGGGCAAUAAAAAACUCCUAGAUGUGCCUAAGUAUACUGUACAUAAUAUAACAGAACGGUAUUUAUUUUGGGAAAGAGAUAGAAAAGGUGGAUAUAACACUAGCAAAAAAUUGGGAUUAGUACAAAGUAUUAAAGAAGGAAUUAAAGAACUUAAAUCAGAAAUAAAGUUGUUCAGCGAAGAAAUGAAGGAUUAUGCAAAAACUGAUCCACUGACUAUUGCUCGUCCAGGCGAAACAGAUAUAUUAUGGUGUUUUAAUGAGCCUAAAGUCUUGGAUAAAUUUGUCACCACUUGCGACAGUGACCACAAUCAGGGAUACAGUUCGUGUGGUUUCAACAUGAGUCCUGCUGGGCGGGGUCUUUUUCAUGGUUACCUCGACACCAGAGUUCCUAAGGAUGGACGGAUAAAGAAGGCAGGAUAUUGUGCUAUACGCUCCAAGAGAGUCAGGAAAUCUUUUAAAAGGGAAUCCACCUAUAACUGGCAUUUGUAUAACACUUUAGUGUUAAAAGUGCGGGGUGAUGGCAGAUCAUACUUACUCAACUUGUCCUGUGAAGGCUACUACGACAUAACAUGGAACGACAUCUACCAUUACGUCCUUUACACGAGGGGUGGGCCAUAUUGGCAAAUUGCUAAGAUUCCAUUUUCGAAAUUUAUACUGGGAUCAAAAGGGCGCGUGCAAGAUAAACAAAACAGAAUACGGCUGGAUAAGGUUACUCACUUCGGUAUAUCUUGUGGCGAUAAAAUCGAUGGUGUAUUUAAUUUAGAAAUCGAAUAUGUUGGUUUGGAGAUUGAUCCGACACAUGAUGAAGAUUUUGCCUAUGAAAUGUACAAAACAGACAGAUAUAUAGUCGGAGUUUAAAGCUUGUUUGUUUUAAUGGAUUGUAAGUACUUAGGUAUUGAAUAGCGCAGUUAAUGAAAUAAAUAAAAAUAAAAAGCUUUGAAAAUUA